UCCGAGACUCUGACUAAACUCUGCACAGCUCCCCCCCUCAUCCAGUCACUGUGCGCCGCGCAUCGCCUGCGCUCCGCCGCGCUCCGCCGGAUGGCUGCGGUUGUUUGGUCUCCAGAAAAGACCAAACAACACUCCGGUCAAAAGUCGAUCAGCUGAACAGUGGAGCGACUCUGCAGGUCGUUGUCCCCGCUGGACUUAUGUGUUUGUGUCUGGACGCACGGCGGUGGGACAUCCGGAAUGGGGACGAGGCUCGCUGCUCUGGCACCGACGGGGCGCGAGCGCACCAACGCGUUUCGCGCUCACGACCCACGCACGCACGAGAUGGACUUUAAGAAGAAUACAUUUGGAAGGUUCAUGAACUGUAGGGUGCCAUCCAGCAAGAGAUAUCAGCCCACAGACUAUGAACAUGCCGCAAACUGUGCCACACAUGGGUUGUGGAUCUUACCGAGUCUGGUGGGCGUUUCGGUGCUCUACUUCCUGUCUGUGGACCAGUGGCAUCGUGUGGCGGCCUGGCUCUAUGGGAGCGGACUCACCGGCCUGUUUGUCACCUCAACACUCUUCCACACUGCUGCAUGGAAAAUUAGCCACCUCCGGAAAGUGGAGCAGCGUUUCCACAUGUGUGACAGAAUGGCCAUCUACUUCUUCAUCGCUGCUUCCUAUUCGCCCUGGUUGAUGCUGAGGGAGCUGGGGCCCUGGACGUGCCACAUGCGCUGGCUGAUCUGGGUCAUGGCUUGUGUAGGAUCUACGUAUGUCUUCUUUUUCCAUGAGAGGUACAAGCUGCUAGAGUUGGUGGGAUAUGUGGCCAUGGGGGCGGUUCCUGCUGCGGUCAUCCUGUCCAUGGUGGAGCGCUCUGGCGUGUGUGAGCUGGCGGUGGGAGGUGUCUUCUAUGUGGUGGGGGUGGUCUUCUUCAAGAGUGACGGCCUCGUCCCUUUCGCCCACGCCAUCUGGCAUCUUUUUGUUGCAGUUGGAGCAGGAAUUCAUUAUUACGCCAUCUGGAGGUACCUGUACUUACCCGGGCCGCUGCUGCAGACAGCGAGGUGACCGGCCGCAGGGUCCGACACCGAGGGACACGACUCACAGAAGAGCGUUUGA